AUGGCGGAAGCUGCAGAAGAUGUCUCGGUUCCAUCAGAGCCCCUCGAUCUUGUGCGCCUACUGCUCGAUGAAGUCGUCUUUGUGAAGCUUCGGGGCGACCGCGAGCUCAAGGGCCGCCUCCACGCUUAUGACAGUCACUGCAAUCUUGUUCUCGGCGAGGUGGAAGAAACCAUAUACGUCGUUGAGGACGACGAGGAUGACGACGAAGAGAUCAAGACUGUCAAUAGGAAAUCCGAGAUGAUUUUUGUCAGAGGCGACAGCGUGGUCCUCAUCUCCCCUGGAUCACAAUCGCGGUGA